AUGCCAAAAGAAAGGAGGAAUCGAAGUAAAUUUAGAAGGCACAAUCCAUUGCAUGUUGACAUUGAGUGUUGUGGAUCUCUACAUAAGAAAUUAUCGAAGAGACAGUUUGAAAGAGAGUCUAAUAAUGAAUUAGAUACGGCAGACAUUUAUAAGAAGCAUAUACCUGCUAGUAUUGGAAGGAAAAUACUUGAAGAGGCUGCAGAGCAACUAGUUUUUGACGAUAAUGACAAACAAAUCUAUGAUACAAUUCCUAAUGAAAAUGACCCUAUAGUUUGUUCUACAGGACUUAAUUUACCAAUAGACAGUAAUGGAUAUAUAUAUGUUGAUGAAGCUGAUUUGGGAGUUAGCCAGUAUAGUGAAUUUGAAAGUAGUUAUUGGGGAGAUUUACUUAGUAAUAAAAAUAAUGGUUACAAAAAAGCCGAUUUUUGUACUAAUAAUUAUAAUAAUAGUCCAUUGGACUUGGUUAGUGCGGUAUUAAAUAAACUAAAAGAGAAGGAACAAAGAGAAGGAGGGUUGCAAAAGAAGACAGACUUAUCUGUAGAUUUACCCGAGAAAGUAAUAAAGGUAUAUAGCUUAAUUGGUGAAUGGUUAAGCCAAUAUAAAUCUGGAAAGCUACCAAAAGCCUUGAUAGUGAUUCCAAGAUUAGUUAAUUGGGAAGAAAUACUUCAUUUAACAAAUCCUUUGAAUUGGACACCAAAUGCAAUGCAUGAAGUUAUACGUAUAUUUUGUUCUAGCCUAAAUCCUAAUGAAGCCCAGAAAUUUUAUUACUCAAUAUUAUAUCCAACAAUUCGCAAUGAUAUAUCACAAAAUUACGGAAAGCUAAACUAUCACUAUUAUCAGGCACUAAAGAAAGCUAUAUUUAAACCUUCUGCCUGGUUUAAGGGUAUUCUAUUACCAUUAGCACAGGAUCAGACAUGCACUGUAAAAGAAGCAAUUAUUAUUGGUAGUAUAUUGAGCAAAGUUAGUGUGCCAGUUCUGCAUGCUGCCGCAGCUCUUAUUAAGCUUUCUCAGAUUAAACCGUGGAACUCUUGUCAGACCCACUUUAUGAUGAUAUUAUUAAGCAAGAGAUAUGCAAUGCCAAGAAAAGUUAUUGAUGAGCUAGUUCUGCAGUUUGAUAAAUUUAAUACUAAAAAUUUUGAUACUAAUAUAGAUUACAGUAUUGAACAACUAUACCUGCAUAGUAAUACUAAUCUGAAUUCAAUAAAUAAAAAUUCAAAUACAACACUUCCAGUGACUUGGCAUAAAACACUACUUACAUUCGUUCAAAGGUAUAAAUAUGAGUUUAGUUCAUCUCAAACUAGUAAAAUUCAAAAUCUAGUUAAGAGUCAAUACCACUACAUCAUAUCACCAGAAAUUGUACGUGAACUAUCUCAUUCUUUAAUUCAGCUUCCAGGUAGAGAUAAUGCAGGAAUGAGUGAUUAA